AAGUGGGAGGGCAGAGGAGCAAGGUCGCUGCAGCAGGAACAGCAGUGGGAGGUUCUGGCUGAGCCCUGCCGAGCAGGGCUGCCCCACCAGCUGCAGCACACAGGCCUGGGCUGCAGGAACAGCAUCACCAGCACCAUGCCAUCGCCGCUCAAGCUCAUGACCACCCGAGCCUUUAACACCUUCACUCUGAAAGGCGUCGUUAUUUCCGAAAGAGAGAAGCCUGGACAGGUCUACCAGAAAGAAGAUAACCUGCCAAAAGGUCUGCCAAAAGAAGCCACAGUUCUUGGAACCAUCCAGAUCCUGUGUUUCCUGGUGAUUUCAAGUUUGGGGGUCAUUUUGGUUUCUGCUCCCAAUUCUUCCCAGCUCAGCCCAGCGAUUUCCACCAUUCUGACGUCUGGGUUCCCAUUUUUAGGAGCUCUGUGUUUUGCCAUUACUGGAACCCUCUCAAUUAUCUCUGGAAAAAAACCAAGUAAGCCUUUUGCCACGAGCAGCCUCCUCUCCAGUGCAGUGAGCUCUGUGACUGCUGGAGUGGGCCUCGUCCUGCUUGCCAACAGCCUGGUAGCUCUGAGCACGGCCUCUCGGCAGUGUGACUCCGGAAGGGAUUACCUAGCCUCACUGCCUUAUUCGAGGUACUAUUAUUCGAUUUAUGAAGUCAAGGACUGUCUCCUGACCAGUGUCGGUCUAACAGGUGUCCUGGUGGUGAUGCUUACCUUCACGGUGCUGGAGCUCUUAGCAGCUGCAUAUGCUUCUGUCUUUUGGUGGAAAAGGUCUACUCUAGCCCUGCAUUCAUCCGGUCACGAAUAAGAAGGACUGGGGGACUGGAGCUGACAUAUGCACAUUAAGACGGAUGAAACAGAUAUCUAGUAAGAACCUGCUGCAUAACACAGGGACUCUACUCAACGCUCUGGGGUGGCAGAGAGGGAGCGCACGUACAUGGAUGGCUGACUCACUCUGCUGUGUGGCCAAACAGCAGAGACUAACAUAAUGUGGCAAAGCAACUAAACUCCAAUAAACAAUAAAAUAAAAAGAAGAGGAAAUGUGUGAUCUUGAGCUAGUGUGGACUGGCUGAGUCAUGUGGCUUUGUAGGCCCUGCUUCUGUAGUGUUUUCAUACUCACAUUGCUUAAAUUUUAAACAUCAGAGAUUCCAAGAACAUUUCAAUUAAAAAGUACUUCUAAAAUAA